AUGGCUCUGGCUUCAAGUCCUGUAGCUAAGCGCGUAACCUACCCUGGUCAGAACUCAUACAAUGCUAGUCUUGCUUCUUAUUUCGAUGGAAAGAGUAGAUUAACACCCAGCUGCAUUGUGCAACCCACAACUGCCGAGGAGGUCUCCACGAUCGUGAAGGUUCUUGCGGCUGCCAGUCUACAGAAGACUUGCCAAUUCGCCGUGCGAUCCGGUGGCCACACCCCGAUCCCUAGGGCCAAUAACAUCGAAAAUGGAGUUACGAUUGAUCUGCUGAAUAUGAAUGGAACUACCUACGAUGCUGAUUCCAAGAUAGCAAGUAUCUUGCCAGCAGCGAGAUGGGGCUCUGUUUACGCAGCUCUAGAGCCGUUAGGACGUAUGGUAGCUGGAGGCCGAGGAAGCACUGUCGGUGUCGGCGGCUUUCUACUUGGUGGUGGAAUAUCCCACUACGCUCCUCGCGUUGGACUAUCUUGCGACAACGUGAUCAAUUUCCAGGUCGUUCUUGCUGAUGGCCGUAUCGUGAAUGCCAAUAAGCGGACAAAUGCAGAUCUGUUCACCGCUCUCAAAGGCGGUAACAGCAAUUUUGGCAUCGUGACACGAUACGACAUGGAGACUUUCGAGAACGAGGAUCUUUGGGGAGGUAUUGUUUCCUGGCCUGCAUCCACUGUCAACCAACACUUCAAGUCGCUUGUUAAUUUUGGUCUCGAUCCAAACAGAGACCCAAAUGCUGCUUUGAUCCUGUUCCAAGGAUACUCAACAGCCAGUCCCGUGGACGUCGUAAGAGCGGCCUUCGAUUACACCAAGCCUGUGGUUCGCCCAGCUGCAUACAACGAGUUCUUUGCAGUCAACAACACUCUCAGCGAUUCGACCAAAAUCCAGCCGAUGAGUGCAAUCGCUGCAGAAUUUGGCAGUGACACAACUAAAAGGGUUCAAUUUCGCACUCUUUCGUUCAAGAUCGAUCUCGAGACUCUUCAAGAGACAGCGCGUCUAUACAACACCGUCAUUACGGAGCUUCAAACCAAGGCUUCUGGCCAAUGGCGCGUCUCGUGCUUACAUCAGGUUUUUGCCACAAGCUAUACCGCGAACAGUACAGCCAGAGGCGGCAACGUGCUGGGCAUGGAGCGCUACAGCGAGAACUUUAUCAUGUACCAGUCUUACCUGCUUUGGUCUGAAGCUAAGGAUGAUGAACUGUUCAUUAGCCUGGGUAAAAUGUUGACCGAUGGCAUCCGGAAGUUUGCCACAGAAAGGAGUACGGGAGUAGAAUACCUUUACCUUAACUAUGCCGACAAGGACCAAGAUCCACUUUCAGCUUACGGUGCUGACAAGGUGUUGUUCAUGAAGAAGGUCGCAAAGAAGUACGAUCCCUUCGGCGUCUACCAGAGACUACUGCCGGGAGGAUUCAAGAUUUCCCAGGUGUGA